AUGUUAAACAUUCUACACCACAAUGCUUCUUCACCAUCAGCAGCAACAACCUCGUCCAUGAAUCAUCAGCAUGUGAGCUCUGCAUCGCUGCUGUCACCCACCACUGCUACUGCUUAUCAACAACCUGCCAAUUCGACCACAUCAUCUGUGGCAAUCGUAACAAUCAAUAACAAUGCUUCACCACGUGGUUCUCUACUUGUUGGUGGGAAUAGUGGUGUGAAUAGUGGUACUUGUCGAUCAUCAUUGAAUUGUGCUGAUAAAUUAAUGCAGAGAAGAUCAACGAGUGCAAAUUCCACUACAUCUGAUUCUGAUUUUGCCACCGUUUCAGAACUAUUGAAAACUUACAAUAACUUUGAAAGUUUUAUUCAACAAAAUGAUGGAAAGCAAAGAUUGAAAGAAUAUUUGGAAUCAGCUAGGAAUGAUGAGCAAUUGGUGUUUAUUGAAGCUUUGGAACCUUGGUUCUCGAAAAAUCCUAAAAUUCAACACAGAAUUAGUUCGUGUGAUGAAGAGCUUGAUGAGUCAGAUUCGAGUGAUUCGAACAGUGUUGGUUCACUGAAUUCUAAUCUGUCAAAUGUAAUGAUGACUUGUUUGGAAAAUGAUGAAAUAUUUGUAGAUAAAUUAAUGAAUAUCAAGGUUAUUGAUAAUGCCACUGAGAAAGUGUUUGGAAAUGUAGAUAUUCAACACUUGUCCUAUCUUGACAUUUCAUUGAUUGUAGUUGAAAAAUUCUUGAAUGAUGAUUCUCAAUUCGAAUUAAAUGUUAGCUCCAAAACUAAGGCAGCUGUUAAUAAGGCAGCAAAGGAGCAAGAUGAAUCAGAAGCAAAGAAAGUUUUAAAAACAUUGUACCAAUCUGUAUUAUCACAAAUGAAAGAAGAGGUGUUCAACCACUUACGAAAGACUGAAGAUUUUAAAAUUUGGGUUCUCUCCAAAGCAAUUGAAUUCUCUCAGAAGGAGGAACAGAAAUCUGUGGAAGAAUUCCUGAAAGAAAACCACAUGGAUGAAAAUUGGAGUUUAUUCAAAAAGAAGAAACUGCUGGUAAUGAAAGAUAUAAGAGACAUGACAGAAGAAGACUAUAAGAAAUUAGGUGUAAAGAAACUUGGUCAUGUGAAACGUUUGGUUAGAAAGACUGCUGAACAUUUUCAAAAAUAA